AUGGCUCUCAAUCUGGAGAAGCAACUGCGCUUCUACGGUGCUUACCAUCAUGACCCAGUCAACAUUGGCAUACAUAUGGUCGGAGUUCCCGUUAUUCUAUGGACUACGUUUCUCCUGUUCACAAACUCGGGUACACUGAUCCAAUUGCCUCAAUCCAUGACCAUCCCGAACCUCGAGCUAAACGCCGGCACCCUCUUCUGCCUAAGUUACUGCGGAUUAUAUAUAUUACUCGAGCCGGUCGCGGGGACGGCCUUCGCCGCAUUGCUUCUCGCCGGAACCGCUUACGGACACCACCUAGUCACUGUCCAUGGAAUGACUGCCAAUUUCUGGGCGGGCGCGGCCUUCGUGGCAGCGUGGAUCGCACAAUUCAUGGGCCAUGGUGUGUUCGAAGGACGUGCUCCUGCUUUGCUGGACAACAUCUUCCAGGCAUUUUUCUUGGCCCCGCUCUUUGUCUGGUUAGAGAUCCUGUUUGCGCUUGGUUACAGGCCAGAACUGAAGAGCCGGGUGGACAAGAUGGUGGAGCAGGAUAUUGCCAAAUAUCGCGAGGCGAAGGCGCAGAAGGCGAAUGGACAGGCGAACGGGUCUGCUGUCAAUGGUCACACCAAGCAAUCAUAG